AUGCUUUCCAACGUGCUUCAAAUCUAUAAUAAUUAUUUACUUGUUGGAUUCCUAAAGGAGACGAUUGUGGGCACUUCAGGUUACUUUAACCGUGAAGAAGCUUUGGCGCUGUCUCAACGUGUGAUUGGCCUAUACACACUAACAAUAAAUGCCUCAGCUGUUCAGCUUAAUGAAUUUGCACGUCACGCCCUUUCACAGCUAACAACAACGUUCGAUUCAGACCUCUACGAGGAUUUUAUCAACACUUGUGGAACCCAUGUUAUAACUAGAUCACUUGUGGGUGGCAUGAUCGAAGAGCGAGCUAAAGUACCCCGAUGCUCUCGCGUUUAUGAUGAUGCUAGUUUCGCUCAUUGUAUACCAUUUGGUGACCGGGGUGCAAUUAGUUCUAAUUGUACCUACUAUACAACUCAAAUCCGCGUGAUUUCAAAACGCCUUCUUGGCGGUAAUGUGGAAAUUGCCGACGGAAACGAAUGGAAAAGAACGUUGGCUGUCGGACCUGCUCUCCUACAGAUUCUGGAGAUGGUUCCUUGGUAUGACUUUAUCACCAAUAAUGCGGUAAAACAAAACUUAAUCACGAUCAUGCGGUAUCGACAGACAAAUUUCGAUUUCAUUCAAGCAGAAUCAGCUCGACUAGUUGAUUCACGUUUACAACCAUGCAUUUCAGGUGCUCAGACAAUUAUUAGUUCACUGUAUAAGUCCUUAAGUAUUCCAUAUCCUAUUUUGAGAGUACGUUGGCGGAAUGGAGCAAUCAUCGUAUUGUUGAACGGAAAAAUUGGAGCGGCUUCCGGUCGAAUUGCAGCUGGUGGAAAUGGUCAACUGAAAUAUCCAAGUGAUGUGAUUCUUGAUAAAGCAAGAGACAGUCUUUUCAUUUGCGACCGGGGAAACAAACGUAUUGUACGAUGGUUUCUGCGAAAUGCAAAUAAUGGGGAAACAAUCAUUUCUGGAGUAACAUGCAUGGGAUUGACAAUGGACGAACAAGGGUUUCUAUAUGUCAGCGAUGUUGAAAAGCAAGAGGUGAGACGGUGGCAAGUCGGAGAAACUCAGGGAAUAGUGGUGGCAGGUGGAAACGGGAUAGGAAAUCGACUUGACCAACUCAAUGAUCCUCGAAAAGUCUUUGUUGAUCGUGAUCAUUCAGUGUAUGUUUCCGAAAUGGUGAAUGAUCGUGUGAUGAAAUGGGUAAAAGGAGCAAGAGAAGGAAUAGUAGUGGCUGGCGGUCGUGGCAGAGGAAGUUCACUUUCUCAAUUGAAUCUUCCUGAAGGAAUUAUAGUUGAUCAAUUAGGAACUCUGUAUGUUGCUGAGAGAGGCAAUAAUCGAAUAGUGCGUUGGCCAAAAGGAGCAACAGAAGGACAGAUUCUUGUUGGUGAAAGUAGUGCGGGAUCUCUACAAAAUCAACUCUUUGGACCAAUCGGUUUAUCGUUCGACCGACACGGCAACCUUUAUGUGGCUGAUCAUGGGAAUCACAGAGUUCAAAAGUUUGAAAUCCAAUUAGCGGCAUGA